CAUAUUUUUCCCCAUUCUUUUUACCUUAUGAUAGAUAUAAUUUGCACUUCAUAAGACAGCAGCACGCUCACUUGCCAUCGCUCUUCCUGAAACACCGUAAUGGACAUCCUAGAUGCUAAUGAGUUCGAUCGAAUGAAGGAGCUAAAGGACUUCGACGACAUGAGGACCGGCGUCAAGGGCCUCGUCGACGCGGGCAUAACGAAAAUACCGAACAUCUUCGUCCGACCGGCGAAUGAGCUCGCUGAUGACAAGAUCGAUUUCUCUUUACGCGACGUCCAUCUUCCGGUCGUCGACCUUAGCCAAAUCCAAUCACCCGAGAAGCGCAAAGCGGUCGUCGACGAGGUCAAGGCAGCGUCGAGCGAGUGGGGGUUCUUCCGGCUGGUCAACCAUGGGGUCCCGCACGGUCUGAUGGAGGACAUUCUGGAGGCGAUCCGCGAGUUCCAUGAGGGCGACCCCGAGGAGAAGAAGCGGCUCUACUCGCGAGACACGGCGAGGAACCUUGUAUACUACUCCAACUAUAGCUUCUACCAUGCGCGGAGCUUGAGCCGGAGGGACAGCUUCGCUGUGAUGUCGAAUAUGUCCGACCCGCUCGAGCUUCCGGCCACUUGCAGGGAGGCAAUAUGGGAGUACAGGAAGCAGAUGAGAGAGCUUGGAGAUCUGCUCUUGGAGUUGCUGUCCGAAGCUCUAGGGCUCAAGCCACGGCACUUGAUAGAGAUGGAGUGUGGCAAGAAACACGACUUGGUGUGCCAUUAUCAUCCACCAUGUCCGGAGCCAGAUCGGACCUGGGGAUCAACACAGCACAGAGACCCCUUCUUCCUGACCGUGCUCUUGCAGGACCAAGUCGGUGGCCUCCAAGUCCUGCAUCAAGAUCACUGGGUUGAUGUCAAGCCUGUCCCUGGGAGCUUUGUGGUCAACAUUGGGGACUUUCUACAGAUCGAUUAUAUCGAACAACAUAUUCAGGAGUGUAGAGCACCGGGUGCAAGCGAGUCGAGUGGGCCCAAGAGUUUCGGCAGCCCUCUUCAUCACCACGGGAUCAGGCCCAUCGGAGAAGGUCUUCGGCCCAAUCAAAGAGCUUGUGUCCGAAGAAAACCCCCCUUUAUACGGAGAGUCUCGACCAAGUGAAUACUUUUCCUUGUUUCAGCAGAAGAAGAUUUCCUAAAUAAGUCCAAGGAGCGAGAGCAACUCUUGCUCUUGCCUCCUGGAGAGACGGAGAACACAACAACAUAAGUGCGGCUACUGUGAUCAUGUUCUAAUAAGGUUGCUUGAUUGUAAUGU